AUAUUCGCUGUGGAUGCUGGGAGAUCAAUAUCCAUGGAAGACAUUUUGGAUUUAAAAUAAGCUCCGUUGGCAACACAUUUAUCAUUGUGGUCGCCCUGAUAUUUAUUUAGAAUGUACCGUCAAAGAGUUUGUUUGUCAGUUGUCCGCAAUAAAAUGGCGUCGUUCUUGUAAAAACAAUUCACCCAUUUUUCCCGAACCAUAUCGCCGUGCUGAUCUGCGAAUUCUGUUGGGAUAGGUUUCUUGCUGUUGCAUGUACAUCGAGAAGGCUCCUAUAGUUCCUGGCUGUCCUACGAGGAAUUAACCAAUUUAGUGUGUUAGGUCCUAGGUCCACUAGGCAAUGUCAAUCAUGGUGUACCCCAGAGAAGACCGUCUGGAGAAGCUGUCCCAGGAGGAGAUCAUCUCCAGCACCAAGCUGGUGAUCCAGGGCCUGGAGGCGCUGAAGAGCGAGCACAACUCCAUCUUGCACAGCCUGCUGGAAACCAUCCGCUGCCUGAAGAAGGACGAGGAGGCCAACCUGGUGCACGAGAAGUCCAGCCUGCUGCGCAAGUCAGUGGAGAUGAUCGAGCUGGGGCUGGGCGAGGCGCAGGUGAUGAUGGCCCUGUCUGCCCACCUGAACGCUGUGGAGUCGGAGAAGCAGAAGCUGCGUGCCCAGGUACGUCGACUGUGCCAAGAGAACCAGUGGCUGCGGGACGAGCUGGCGGGCACCCAGCAAAAGCUGCAGAAGAGCGAGCAGAGUGUGGCCCAGCUGGAAGAGGAGAAGAAGCACCUGGAGUUCAUGAAUCAGCUGAAGAAGUACGACGAGGAUGUGUCCCCUACUGAGGAGAAAGAUGGAGAGCCACCAAAAGAUGCACUGGAUGACCUCUUCCCCAAUGAUGAGGAGGAAAACAGUCAAGGAAUGCCGCACCAGCAUAACAGCGCAGCGGUGGCUGCGGCCCAGCAGGGUGGCUAUGAGAUCCCGGCCCGCCUGAGGACCCUCCACAACCUGGUUAUCCAGUACGCCUCCCAGGGCCGCUACGAGGUGGCCGUGCCCCUCUGCAAACAGGCCCUGGAGGACCUGGAGAAGACAUCCGGACACGACCACCCUGACGUGGCCACCAUGCUCAACAUCCUGGCCCUGGUCUACAGGGAUCAGAACAAAUACAAGGAGGCGGCUCACCUUCUCAACGAUGCACUGUCUAUCCGGGAGAAAACCCUUGGGAAAGACCACCCUGCGGUGGCUGCAACACUGAACAAUCUGGCAGUGCUGUAUGGAAAGAGGGGGAAGUACAAGGAAGCUGAGCCCCUUUGCAAGAGGGCUCUGGAGAUCAGAGAGAAGGUGCUGGGCAAGGACCAUCCUGAUGUGGCCAAGCAGCUGAACAACCUGGCCCUGCUGUGCCAGAAUCAGGGCAAGUACGAGGAGGUGGAGUACUACUACUGCCGCGCCCUGGAGAUCUACGAGCGCAGGCUGGGCCCUGAUGACCCCAACGUGGCCAAGACCAAGAACAACCUGGCUUCGUGUUACUUGAAGCAGGGGAAGUACAAGGAGGCGGAAAUCCUUUACAAAGAGAUCCUCACCCAAGCUCACGAGAAGGAAUUUGGAUCCGUGGAUGCUGAGAACAAACCCAUCUGGAUGCAUGCCGAGGAGCGGGAGGAGUGCAAGAGCAAAGACGGCUAUGGAGAUUAUGGCGGCUGGUAUAAAAACUGCAAGGUGAAUAGCCCCACUGUCAACACCACACUACGUAAUCUGGGAGCUCUGUACCGCCGGCAAGGCAAGAUGGAGGCCGCUGAGACCCUGGAGGAGUGUGCCUUGAGGUCCCGAAAACAGGGUGGGGUGGAGCUGCAGAGAGAUGGAGACAGGAGGAGGAGCAGGGAGAGUCUGAGCAGCGUAAAAUAUGAGAGCCCCUCCGAAGCAGGGGAGGACGGCAGCGUGGACUGGAACGGGGAUGGCAGUUGGGUUUUGAGGAGAGCAGGAUCGAUGGGGAGGCUCCGGGACGUCAUACGGCGAAGCAGCGAGAUGCUGGUGAAGAAACUACAGGGGAAUGGUCCCCCCGACCCACGCAACCCCCAUAUGAAACGAGCUGCCUCUCUGAACUAUUUGAACAAGAGAAGUGAUGACGAUGACUCCUUUCAGAGUCCAGCAGGUGGCAGGAGGCUAAGGCAGAGCAGGAACCUGAGUUCCAGUACUGUUGAGCUCUACAGUGGAACCGGAAACUGAACAUACACACUCCCAACAGAUUUACCAAAUAUUAUGUUUCAUUCUAAACAUAAAUUCUGUACUUUCCAUUCCUACAUUUAAACACUGUUUAAUGUUAUUGCUGCUUUCUAGACAUUGUAUUCAUUUUGAAGACUUUCUGUAGAAUACAAAAAAUAUAUAUUGUAGUAUUGUGCUUGGUUUUAAUGUCAUUGAUAUAUUGUGAGAUUAGACAGCGAGAAUCCUUACUGCUUGGCUUAGUUUGAUACAAAUCCCCUUAAGGUGCUCUGUGCAAUCAGACACUCAGGGCAGUAUAUUGUGGACAAUAGUGUUUCCCAUGGAGACCAAGCCUGGAUCUAUUAUUCACUAUACCUGCAGCUUCCGAAAGCAUGGUGGGUCAGUACUGUUCCCAAAUCAGAGAGGAUUAUUGUUUUCAAGAGCUGUCCAAUUUAGCUAUUACGCUUCCUUUUGCAGUGUUUUCUCCCCCUUUCCAUAACCAUGAAGAUACUCGGUACUGUAGUUAAAUAGUAAAAUUAAGUCAUGAAGAUGGUAUUCAUGAAUUUAGAAUAUAGAAUCAAAUAUAUCUGAGAUUUAAAGGGGUACUUCACCUAAUAAAAAUGUACACAAAGAAAAUAUUUGAUGGAACCAGAUAUUUCUUGUUUAUAUAGGGGGCUCCUGAGUGGCGCAGUGGUCUAAGGCACUGCAUCUCCGUGCUAGAGGUGUCACUACAGACCCUGAUUCGAUUCCAGGCUGUAUCACAACUGGCCGUGAUUGGGAGUCCCAUAGGACGGCGCACAAUUGGCCCAGCGUUGUUAGGGUUUGGCCGGGGUAGGCCGUCAUUGUAAAUAAGAAUAUGUUCUUAACUGACUUGCCGAGUUAAAUGAAAAUAUAGCUGUUACUACAGUUUAGCCUUUAGCAUUGUUGAGUGUAAAACAAUUAAAGUGGUGCCAGGACCCCUGUUAGCUUGUUCCAAAUUACUUAUUUUUUGACCAUGUUCAUUAGUUAGGGUGUUCCUCAGAGAUUUUCAAGUUAAAGGAGCAAUAUGAGCACAAAUAACUCUGGGGGAAAGCGCAGCUACUGAAAUUAACCUUAAUCUAAGUACUUACUCAGUUAAGGUCAAAUGUCAUGAUGUAAUUAUCAUUUUAGGUUAGAUUGUAACCACAUAUUGACCUGGUUAUUUUACGUAUCUUCAGGCACUGUAUAAGAAACAAAUACAGUAAUUAUUUAUCUCAGGGUCCGGGAUCUAGUGUUUCCCAAGGCUAUACUUUCCAAUGCUGUAUCCUAGUUCCAAUUCAUGCUAUACACUCCUAGAAAAGGCAUUCCCUGUGGCUCAGUUGGUAGAGCAUGGUGUUUGCAAUACCAGCAUGGUGUGUGCAACGCUGGGGUUGUGGGUUCGAUUCCCACGGGGGGCCAGUACAAUUUUUUUUUUUAUUAAAAUAAUGAAAUGUAUGCAUUCACUUACUGUAAGUAGCUCUGGAUAAGAGCGUCUGCUAAAUGACAUGAAUGUAUGUGAAUGUAAGAAAAAGGGUUCCAAAAGGCUUCUUUGGGUGUCCCCAAAGAAGAAACCUUUUUGGUUCCUGGUAGAACUCUUUUGUGUUCCAUGUAGAACCCUCUGUGUAAAGGGUUUUAUAUGGAACUAAGAAGGGUUCUACUUGGAACCCAAAUAAGUUUUUUGAAAGGUUUCUCCUAUGGGGACAGCCGAAGAACCCUUUUAGGUUCUAGAUAGCACCUUUUUUUCUAGGAGUAUAGCUAAGCCAUAUCUUACCUGUUCUUGAUCUGUUUGUGCUCUUGACCAGUCCAUUGCAGAUUCUCAAGCCCAACAGUCUAGCCUCACAGCAAAAUUGUCAUGUUUGGCAUGAUAAUAAUUGACAUCUAAGUUGGCAUGAUAGCACAAACAGACUGGCACAGGCGAAGGCUAACUUUUGUAUGGAUGUCAAAAUGUUUCAAUGUUGAAGAGUGGAGGCUCAUUUUUUUUUCUAUAGAUUUUCCUCCCUAAGAACUUUACUGGAGAGAUACCAAAAGUAAGACAUUUCUUUUCAUUCAGCCAUGCAAGAGAUAAGUUCCAUUAGAUUUAUUUACCAGUUGUAACACAGAUAUUAAAUUAUAUAAUGAAAAAUGAUUCCGCUUAAAUAUAAUGAUUGAUAAUGUUUUAUUGAGUUUGUAUUAAUCAGUCAUGUGAAUAUAGUAUUGAACUAAAAAGAUCAUUAUGCUUUAAUUAUGAAUGUUUUUUUAAUAUGAUAUUUGUUUAAAUAUGAUUGUAAGAUUUAAAAUGUAUCACUAUGGUGCUAUAUAUGUGUUUAUAUGUAGAUGAGAAGGUUUUUCAUAUUCAGAUGACUCAAUGUUUAAAGGGUCUUUUUGGUGGUGUAAAACUGAUUGUUUAACAUUCUCAGGUUAUGAUAUUCAUAUCAUGUGAUCAUUUUCAGUCAGAAUUCCUUCAUUGAAUGCAAAUACACCCUAAAUAAAAUAGCUGCUAUCA